AUGAAUGAGAAUUCAAAGUGGAAUAUGGCUUUACCUGAACGAAUCGAUCAAGAACUUCGACUAAUCGGUGACUUUGGUCUUAGAAACAAACGUGAAAUUUGGCGUGUAGCAUACACACUUUCAAACAUUCGUCGUGCUGCUCGUGAACUGUUAACGUUAGAUGAUAAAGAUCCUCGUCGUCUAUUUGAAGGAAAUGCUUUGAUUAGGAGGCUUGUGAGAAUUGGUGUAUUGGAUGAAACUAAAAUGAAGCUUGAUUACGUUUUGGCUUUGAAAAUUGAAGAUUUCUUGGAAAGGAGAUUACAAACCCAAGUUUUUAAAUUGGGCUUAGCCAAAUCAAUUCAUCACGCUCGUGUCCUUAUUAGACAGCGUCAUAUUCGAGUUGGCAAACAAAUCGUUGAUAUUCCAAGUUUCAUUGUCCGACUUGACUCUCAGAAACAUAUCGAUUUUGCUCUCACCUCACCUUAUGGUGGUGGACGUCCUGGCCGUGUAAAGAGAAAACGUCAACGUGAUGAGGAAGAAGAUGACGAAUAG